AUGGAUUGCGUCUAUUUUUAUGACCAUUUGGUGAUAUUCCGAAAAAUUGAUUAUAUCGAGUUAAAACUCAAAAAGGAAGUUCAGGGGUAUGAUUCAGGAUCCCAAGCAAGCGAAAAUACGCUAAACCUCGUAUCCCAACUUUUAACUGAAGCUUUGAAAGAUCGUGUAUCGCUCGUUUGUCCUAUCAGAGUUUGCAUAAAAGGCAAAAAAGACCUCCAUGGCCUAGGACUCAAAUAUAUUGGACAGCUCACUCAUGCAAUCCUCACCAAAGGUCCUCCAAGUAACACUCCGGCUGGUAAUGAAUUUCGCCAGUUUUGGGGCAAAAAGUCUGAACUUCGACGUGUUGAUGGUGAUUUAUGUGAAUGUGUUGUAUGGAAUGGUAAUUCUAAUGUCUGCAUGCAGAUCGUCAAUUUUAUUCUAGAAGAGAAACUCCAUUUAUCUUCAAAUGUUAACGUAUCAAAGCCGUGGUAUCACAUUUUGCCUAAUCGUCUUGAUCCAUUUAUAAGCUUGCAUAGACGCAACCGAAAAGUCAACUUAGUUGCUGCCUCACCUCUUCGUCUGAUUAGAGCAAUGGAUAAACUCCGAGCAUUACUACGUGGAUUAAAUGAUAAACUUCCCCUUAAUAUUACGGGGAUUUUACCCUUAUCGUCAGCUUUUCGUGACACUUCGGUUUUCCCUCCUAUAUUGUCUUUUCCUAUGGCUAACCAAUCACAUCACGGGAUAAAAAAGUCAUAUUUUCAAACGGUUAAAUGGUUAUUGAAAAAAGCAUGUUUUCCUGUGUUCCCAUUGUAUGUUAUAAUUCACUUGGAACAAUCUGGGAGAUGGCCAAACGACUUAGAUGCAUUCCGACAUAUGAAACGAUUACUAGUGAUUCGUAUGCAUGAAUUGCUAUCACCUAAAGGAAUUCCAUCUCAUGUUACCGUCGAUAAUAUGCUGGAUAUAUUUUUACAAGGACUAGUGUUCCGAAUCGUAAUUUCACAAUCAAAAGAACUUAAUUUAAUUCAGAAAUUAAGUAAUUCUGAAAUCAAAACAGAUAAUAAAAAUAAAACACUUUCGGAGACUGGUGAUGGUAGUUCAUUAUCUAUUGAAAUAAAUUCCGAAGCUGCUUGUUGGAUUCGUCUGAAUCAAAGUUUACCAACAUUAGCUGGUACACUUAGUGGUGUUUCACGUACUUAUGCACAUGUGUUUCCUAUAGCAUGUCGAUUAGCUAAACGUUGGUUAUCAGCUCAAGGGUAUCCAGUGAUUCUAUGUCCAUAUGAAGCGGAACUAGAUGGUCUACAUAAUUCAUCAGAUUUUUUUCCACAAUCUGAACAAUGUUCGUCUGCACUAUCUACUUGGUGGUUAAAAGAUUUUAAUACAAGUACCAAUGAUGGACGUAUGACUGAAGUGGCUGUUGAAUUAUUAGUUCUUUAUGCUUCGAAGCUAUGUGAUUCUGUUGAUUCCGAGUCGAAGGAAGCUAAUCUUACUUCGAUCGGAUCACCUGUUGCUGCAUUCCUACGAUUUCUUGAUUUAUUGGCUACUUAUGAUUGGGAAAACGCUCCACUUCUAGUUGAUUUAAAUGAAGGAUUUUCUGUGGAUAUCAACAAACGUCAACUCGCUCUGGAUUUAUUUAAUCGUACACCUCGAUGUAAUUUACCCGCUUUAAUCAUAUGUACUCCACUUGACACAACUGGAACAGAAUGGACUGAAGUAGGACCAAGUCGAGGAGGUCUAAGUGAUUUGAAAUUGCUAGCGAGUCAGUCACGUGAUUUACUAAGAGCUAUGCUUGUUAGUAAUGCUCCGAUUAAUGAUCUACUGGUCAUUUUUCGUCCGGUCUUUAGUAAAACUGAUAUAGUACUCAAUGUCAAAGCAAAUAUUGUAAAUAUUCGUCAGUCAGAAUCGUUACAUGGAGCGUUGAAAAAAACGCAGCUUGCUGUUCCUGAAACUAAUAAUGAUAGUGACGUACCUAUGGAAUUCCCAGAUCCUGGAGCCCGUUAUUGGCCACAAAGAUACUGUUAUGAUCCACUGAAUUGGUUUGUCAAAUUAUUGCGAUUACGUCUAGGCAGGUUUUUUGAAAUCCGUUGGGAUCGUCAUGGCGGAAAUUGGAUAGCUCUACGAUGGCGUCCACAUUUCAUCCAAACAAUCAAUUCAAAAGAUCGAGUUACAUUAGUCCAAUCAAUAUUCAAUUCCGAUUUGUUGGAUGGUUUAACUCAACAUGCAAACGGCGGUCAACUUACUGAUUUAGUUUGUAGUAAACCAUCUGAUCUACCUCUUGUAUAUAAUGAUUGUUCAUUAGUAAAUUUAUUGUCUGUAUGGGCCAAGAAAUUUAUUGACUUGCCUAUUAAUUAUAAUAAUUUGACAAACGGUAUUAACAUCAGCAAAAAACGAAAACAUAACAUAUCUGAGGAGAACACAACUAAGUGUAUGAAGAACAAAAAGAAAAAAAAACUAAAAGAAUAA